GCGGGACCAGGGCGGGGCGGCCGGAUGUUGCUGCGGGGGGCCCGCGGCCUGGCGGGAGCGCGCCGGGCGGAGCCCCUGGAUGGUGCCGGCAACCCCAGGGGGCUGCUCAGGGAAGGGACCCCGCACCCCGACCCCACCACCAUCUCCAGCCUUCGGAAACUUUCGGACACCCCAGAAGAGACCAACGGCACCUCAGAUACCCUGGGGAGCGACGGUGAGACGGGUACCCCCCAGAGCGAGGGGACGGUCCCUCCUGCUGCCCCCCCAAUCCCACCACCACCCACACACUGCUGUGGCACCGGCUGCCCCAACUGCGUCUGGGUUGGGUACGUGGAGGAGCUGCUGGAGCGGUACCAGGACGGCGGGGCACAGGCUUUGGCAGCCGUGGAGGAGCACGUGGAGGAUGAGAACAUUAAAAUGAUCCUCAAGAUGGAGAUCAAGCUGCGCAUGAAGGACUGAUCCUCCCCUGGUCCCCAAAAACCAGCAGGUGACACCCCACAGGAGCCUCUGCUCCAAGCUGGGUGGUGGGAUCCGGACUCAGAUUAUUUAAAGUAUUUAAUUUGUGUGUAUUGAGCUCUGGGGGUGAUGGGCUGGUGCUGCUCUGAGCCCUCCCGGGGGCCUGUCCAGCAUCGAGCAGGGGGUCCCAGAUGUGCUUCGGUACAGGUGGUGCUGAGGUCACAUCUCGCCACAUCUACAGGGAACCUGCCCCGGGGACAGGCAGCAGUUCGCGUCUCUCUUGAGCCCCAGAUUUCCCAGCAUGUGCUGUGCUCCCCCAGAAUGGAAAAUCCCUGCCAAGGGCAGGCUGGCACAUCCCCCCCACACCCAGCCCUCCCCGUGCCGCUGCUCUUGCAUUGUCCUUGCCCUCCCCAGCUUGGAUUUUAAGCACCUUCUGAAGCUUGGCCAUGACCUGGUGAUUGAGGAGGGCUGGGUGCCACACCGGACACCCUCCUACCGGCACCUUAAGCCUCUUAGGGGCUUCUCUGCGUGAAGGGCUUGCAGGGUGGGCACCGGGGCUGCUGGCCCCUGCCCCGGGCAGGAGGUGCAGGUAGCGUGCAGCUGAGAGCACGUGGGGCCUGGCAGUGGCACCAUCCCCAGCUCCGGCACCAAGGUCACAACCCACCAAGCUGUUCUUCACGGUGGCGUUUCUUCCUCCAUUGCCUUUGCCUCCAUCCUGCUCGGCUGUGCUGGGGAACUCACGGGCUCCCGGCCAUGGGGACCCCCCCAUACCCUCCUGGCACGGGCUCCCCAGGGAGCCACAAACCGUCCAGCAACACUCGCUAACGAAGCCCAAACUGGAAGCGGCAAUUAAGACAAGGGCCCUGCGUUUUGCUGGAGAAGUAGCUGGUUCUGCCAGCUUCGUAGAAAACGCUCCCUCAUCCCUCUAAUCCUACUUGUUGGCAUCCAACUAAUUGCAAUUAGUGGCAGGGGCUGAAGUUCAAUUAAAGCGUACUGAGAUUA